AUUGGAAUCACUACGGUGACCAACCACCCCUCUAAAAUCCUGACCGCUAGAUACCUAAUGUAGCGUUUGGUGGCCAGCCCCUCCUACGACCCCUGUAAGGCUAAGACGAAAAAAUAUUUUUUAAUUGGAAGCCCAAAUGAGCAUCUAUCUAAUAACUUUUCACUCACCAACCACUGAACCUAUCGUAUCUUUUUUUUUCUUCUCUUUCCUCUUUCUUCUCCUUCCACUUUUCUCAUGUCAUGCAUGCACCAACUGAUUGAUUGAGUAAAUGAACGAUUGAUUAAUUAAUUGAUACCUCUGUUAUCAAGUCUGUUAUUUGAUUUGACUACGAUACCCUCAGGAAGCAAGCAUCGUUUGGUGGAAAAGAAGCUGUAUUUUCUCGGAUUCCCCUCAUUUACACCAAACAGCAACCUCGGGAAGAACAAAGAGCGUUGCGACUCGAACCUCCAUUCACCUUCCCCCUCCUUUUUGACUUGACCAGGAUACAUAACGACAAUUCGCCAUCAUGGGUAACGUUCUGUCCGCAUUCUCCGGUGCCGCUGCCCUCGCCAAGGAAGAGCGAGAGGCCAUAGAAAAGAAGCUUGCUGAGCGCGAUGAAAAUAUCACCAGUCUCGAAAAAGAUUUGGCCGAUAAGGAAGAGGAGCUUUCCGACGCCAAGAAAGAGCUUACCAAGACAUCUGAGGAAGUCGACACCUUGCGCAAGAAGGUCGACGAGCUGGAAACGAAGUCUACAACAUCAAAGCAAGAAGACCAGGAAGAACUUGAAAAGCUCCAGAAUGAGCUAAAGGAAGCAACGGAUGGUUCUACCGAGAAGCUUCGUGCUCUCGAGGAGGCCGCCUCCGCCAGAGACCAAGAGCUCGAGCAGGCACGUGGUCAGCUGGCUCAGCUAGAGGAGAAGCUUAGUGCCCUGCAACAGGCUAGCGAUUCCCUCAAUCAGGAACUAACAGCUACGAAGAAAGAGCUCACCGACGCUCUUGAGCAACGAAAUUCCCUGGAGACAUCGCUGGCCUCCGUCAAAGAACAAUUGCUUGAGGUGGGCAAGAAACACGAUACUCUACGAAUCGACUAUAGCAAACUCGCCGAGGAACUUGCUGCUGUAAAGUCGCGUCGGGAUGAGCAAGAUGACGCCCUGACGAAGUCGACGAACGACUAUAAGACCCUCGAACAACAGCAUGAAGAACUGAAGAAGGCUUCCGACGAGGGACUUUCUUCGACGAAGCAAAGCUUAGUUGACGCGCAGCAGAAGUACGAGGAGUUACAACAAGCACACAACCAAUCAAUAACCGAGUCCGACGAGAAAAUUGCAGCGGCAGAGAAGGAAGUUGCUGAGUGGAAGAAGAAGCUCGAAGCGCUACAAGCGGAGCAUGAUGACCUCACCAAGGAAGUAGCUGCUGCCAAGAAGAACGCUGCUGAUGGUGAAGACCAGAGGAAGGCUCUGGUGCAAGCCCACGAAGCCGAGCUGGAACGGUUCCGCGCUGAUGUUGAAAGAUUACAACAGAAUGUGGCCGCUUUGGAAGAGGACCAGAGCAAGCUGAAGGCUGCUCAUGCGGCUGAGCUUGAGAGCGCUAAGCAAGAGGUAGCACAACUGCAAGAGAAGGUGAAGUCUGCUGAGGAUGAGCGCGAAACGCUACAGAAACAACAUACCACACAAACGGCGGAGCUCUUGAAGGCGAAGCAGGAGGUGGUAGAUUUGCAAGAGAAAGUGGAGUCUGUUCAGGAGGAACGCCAGAAGCUGCAGAAACAACAUGAGGAACAGAUAGCUGCUCUCGAGACGGCGAAGCGAGAAGCGACCGAGUUGCAGGCUAAGUUGAAGUCGACCCAAGACGAACAAGAGAAACUGCAGGCGCAACAUGACGAACAAGCAAGCCAGAUUUCCAGCCUUCAAAGCCAGGCCGAGGCAGCCAAGGCCAAGGCAACAAAAGCCGAAGAAGAGGUAGAGGUAGCGCAAACUGAGAAGACAGCACUUCAAACAAAGGUUGGCGAGCUAGAGUCCGGAAAAGAGAAAGAUCAGCAAGCUCAAGCUGAUCUGAAUGCGAAACUUGAAGAGGCUGAGAGUGCGGUUGCUCGCUUAGAGGCCGAGAAGAAGGAGGCUGUAGAGAAAGCCGAGUCCUUUGAAAAAGAAGUUAAGCAACUAAAGGAGGAGGCUUCGGCGUCAAAAGCGAAUGGCACGGCUGAGAGCACGGCUACGGAAGAGGCUGCUGCCGCAGCUUAGUCCUUGUUAUUGGCACGCUGAUGCGAAUUUUAUGUGGUGAUGCAAUGCCUCGGAUGCGGACGACACUGUUGAUAAUGCCUGUUACGACGAAGGAUCCCUAAUGUUAAUACUACUCAGAAUGUUCUGUAACGUUACGCCACAAUCGUCCUACGGAAGCAGGGCGACUGCUGGGUCUGGCUAUGGAUGAGAGAGGAGGGUACGUGCUUCA